AUGACUGGAACAGACUUUGAUUGGUUGGAAGAGGGAAUUGCAGCAUCUCCAAGAUGUAGAGGCUCGGGUGUUAGAAGAAGCGUUGCUCCAGUCAGAUCUUCUCAACGUGCUGGUGCCCGUCGUGGGUCGCCGCAAAGCACUGGGCUUGUGCCUCAAAAGAGUUCGAGGAGUCCUGAACGAGAGCCUCCGGCAAGCAUUCUGAAGGGCCUGCGGAGCUUUGCAUCUAGGAAGACGCUAGCGGAAGCUAUGGCAGCAGGGCCUUGGCAGGUAGCGGUUUGGCGGGGAACUGGCACUAUGCGGUGUAUACAGUAUGCCGCGCUUCAGUCUGCUGAAAUGGGAAGGCACUUCCGAGCUUGCGAACUGGCAAAGGCAGCUGAAGACCGUGCAAGAGCGGCAGACUGGAAAAGGAGACGGGCUCGGAAGGGCGAAGGUCACCGGCAGAGCGCAGUACUGAACAGCGAGGGCGUCGAGUCGGUGCUCGUGAAAGUGCCCACGUGCUUGUUGUGCAAUGCAGCAAUAGCUGAUUGUGAAUGUGUGAAGUCCUCGGUAAGUGUUGUACAAGAAAAAGACCGAGCUAGCCAAGAGCUAUCAGUGUCGAAGCAGACAUCCUUACAAACAGCAACCAGGCGAGCCUCGUUGGCCAGGCGAUUAUCCGUUGUUGGGCGUCGGCAGUCUGCUGACAUGGAUGCGACUGCAAUUCAUAAACAGAUGUCCGAUCGCAGGAAAAGCCAUGACAAGCAGAAGAAGAUCCCAACACUGAACAGGCUGCAAAGGCUGAUUCAAGCCAAGCAGAUGGAGUUUGAGGCAUUACCUGAUGACAAAAAACAGCGCUUACGCAGUGCGUUUGAUCGUGCAGCUGGAGUUGGUCAGAAAGGUCUGGGUGCCACGCAGCUGCGACAAGCCUUGACGGAUCUAGGUCUGGGUGGCCGGCAGAGCCACGAGAAGGAGGCAGUCCAAGAGGUCAUUCGCGAGUCUAUUGCAGCUGGAGCAGUGGAGUUACUGGAUUUCGUCUUCCAGGUCACCCCGAAGGUUGAGCAGAAGCUCUUCGAGGCCAAAUCUCCAAAACUGCUGUCCCUUUUCAACCAGUUGGACGUUGCUAUGGCUGGUAGCUUGUCUUGUGCGGACUGUAUUGAAGCUCUGCGUCGGCACGCGGAUUCCUUCAUCACGGUGCUUGAUGGGGACAUCAUGGAGCAGUUCUGGCCUAUCUUCUUGAAGGAUCUAGCACAGCAGCACAAGGUUUCCAAGCACAGCGACGAGACUAUUGACUUUGCUCUUUUCCAACGCCUAGCAUCAGAUGUAGAGGUGAAGCUCAUUGCCUUCCAGGGCCAGAUGGAAGAGCGUGCCGCAAGAUCAGCAGGCCUUACUCCAGCCCUUGAGACUGCUCACUUUGGCGAAAUCGCGGUUAUGAUGAGAUAUUUUCACCGCUAUGAAAAGCACCAUCGCGGUCUUUUGGGUACACAGGAGUUGAUUAUGGCUUUGAUGGAUUCUGGCACGUUGCCAACAGUUGGAAGAUUGCACAUGACAACAGUAGCGAACUUUGCCACUCGUGUCAACAAGCUUGCGGUGUACAGAUUCCCCGAGUUCCUAGAACAGGUGGAUAGCCUGCGCAGGGAAGAAAGAUCACAGCGCGAAGCAGCUUUCAGGUCGUGGUACACAAUACACAAAUGGCCUGAUGACCACGCCAUUGCAGUUGCGGACAUGCCGCAGCUUAUCAUGGACUUGUCAUUGGUGGCAGACAGUUGCCGAAGCGUUCUGGAUGUGAGGGCCCUUGUUGAAGACUGCCACAAAAGUGGAUCUGAGACUGUGUUUCUGGAUACGGCAACCGAGCUGUGUGGCAAGGUAGUGGAGAGCGCGCGUGUCGCUGCCCGGAGACGGGAGGCCUUGGUGGCCGAGCAGGUAAAGCUCUCAGAGGAGCAAGUCUUCGACAUGCGUGCCUGUUUCUCAGAGAUGACUCACAGUGGGGUCAUCGGCCCGGAUGAUUUGCAUCACCUCUUGGUGGAGCUCUUCCCAGACCACGAGAUAGACGAUGGUUUCGUGCAAGAUUUGCUAGAUGUGGCACUGCCUUCUGGCUAUUUUCAUUCCAAAUCUGCUGCAGCGGGUGGCACACGCUCAAAGCCGAAUGAGAGUUUCCUGGUUCUGCACUUAGCACCCCGCUUGCUCGCAUCAGCUAGCAUGAUGUCUGUACAGGUUCUGGAGGAGAGCAUCCUCCGCUUUGAUGGCAGCCCAGCAAUAAAGGUCCUCCACGGCUUCGCUCACAAGUGGAAGGCAAUGAAUUGGACGCUGGAUUACUUGACAGAAAAGAUACCCUUUGAGUGGGUCGACUAUUAUCCCAACAACAUGCACGAUGUCAGCAGCAAGCCAUACCUAUUUAAGUUCGAAAGAGCUGUGAGAGAGUUUAAGAAUCCCAAAGAGUUUGUCACUGGCAAGCCCAAGUACAUGCAGAUUCGGCUCGGCCUUCGGGGCUGGAAGCGGCUGAAGAAAGACUUCAUUCCGAAGCCGCUGCCGGAUGUGUUUUGGGAUGACGAUGAAUGGAUUGGUUCCUGCAUGCACAAGGACAACAAGGUUGACCAGCCUGCAAUCAACAACUUCUUCGUUACGAACCAGUGGAAGUUUCUACUCAUCGGGGAAGAAGGAACAACGAUGUUCUUUCACAAAGAUGGGACUGCCGCCUCGAGUUGGCAAGUGCAGCUGGUUGGAAAAAAGAGGUGGACAUUGUGCCCAAACACUGAGUCGCGCCUCUUACACACUGAGCUUGACACGUACAAGCCUGACUACAACAAGUUUCCGCGGUUCGCAGAUGCUCGGUGUGGCCAGGUCACGGUCUCUCCAGGGGAGCUUCUUUAUUAUCCUGCUUACUGGUGGCACCACACUCUUCAGUUGGAGAGCCCGAGCAUCUCCUACACUGGAGCACUUGUGGGUGUUGAAGCUGACCGGUCGGAUCUUGGGGCUGACAGGAAGCCACACAUGCGAUUCUAUGCCGAUCUUCAGGAGAAAUGUUCCAAGUGCUGGAAGAAAGGUGUCAGCCAAAGGCAGUGUGAUGACAUCUCAGUGAAAUGGGCAGGGGCAGCACCGCCUCCACUUCGAGCUGUUUGCGAGGAGUAUCUGCCGAAAUGUUUAGACCUCUGGUCGGCGCAUGCGAAAGCGCUGCAUGGUGCAGGCCGGAAAGCCGAGCUGUGA